AGUCUAUCUAUUAUUAUUUGCCAACAAAAUAAAUCAAGUUAAAAAUGAAUUGAACGAUUACAGAGUUGAGUAACUAAUAUUUUAGCAUUAUUCCUAUCGAUGAGCACCUCUUGCGUAGCAUGCCGGAUGCGUGGCUCCGGCAUGGUAGCAAUUUAUCAACAUCCGAAUGGAUUAGACCAGAUGUUCACUUCCGUCACGGGAAUCGAGGUGGAAAAUGAUGAUGUUUUAUGUAUACCUUGCUAUGAUGAGCUGAAAGCUGCUCAUUUAUUCAAACAAAAGUGUAUUCAAAACAACAUUCUUCGAAUAAGUAGACCAUCUGCCUCUAAAAAUGGGAACAACCGGAGGGAUUCAAAUGAGAUUAUUAACUUGGAUCCUGAAGAGUUAGUCCAACAACCAUCAAUCCAAAGUGAACUGCAAACAUCAAACGUGGAAAUUUCUACUACUUGCACUGGAGACGCAGACCUGUUUGAAGAGCAUUUAAUUAUUGGAACCGAUGUGUCGGAUGAAACCGACUCGGAGUUAGAAGAGAAUCACGAACACGAAGAAAUCAAAAUAGGACUUACUGAGUUACAAGCAGUUGAUAAAAUCAACCAAUCUGUUUUACCCUCACCCAAUCAAUCCUGUGACCAUGAUGCACAAAAUCAAUGCCCAGAUAACGUCGUAACCAAAACUCCGAAUCAGCUUAAACUUGAACCCCUUCAUUGUGACAAUUGUGGUAAAUCUUUCUCUAAAACUGUAUUGCUACAAAAACACGCCCAAUCCUGUCAUCCUGUGACAGAAUCAUGUGACGAUCAUGACAAACUAGCCGUUGGGGCAUUGGCCACACUACCAACCGUUCACAGCCUGAUGUGUGAGUACUGUUUUCAGGAAUUUCUUAUCCUGAAAGAAAAAUAUGAACACGAGGCAACGCACACAUUAGAACCCAAACCAUAUAAGUGUCCUCAGUGUGAAAGUACGUUCAAGGAUAAGGUUGGUCUCCGAAGCCACAUUAGAAUCCAUUCGGCAGUCAAACGAUUCAAAUGUCAGUAUUGCGAGAUGCGGUUCCACCAGCGUGGCAAUUUGACAGCUCACGAAAGAACACACGUAGGUGUUAAGCCUUUCGUGUGUCCGCAGUGUGGCAAAGGCUUUGCGGAGAGCGGUAAUCUAAAAAAUCACAUUCGCUUCCACACGGGUGAACGACCCUACGCAUGCUCUGAAUGUCCGAAACGCUUCCGAACACACUACUCGAGAACCGUCCAUUUCCGGUCGCACAACAAUGAUCGUCCGUUCCGGUGUCCCGAAUGUGAGAAAGGAUUCUAUUCAUCGGGCAAAUUGAUUAUUCAUCGUAGAGUGCACAGCGGUGAGAAGCCGUACCAGUGUAACGUUUGUCCGGCCAAAUUCGCCGACAGCAGUGGACUGCGACGGCAUUCGAAGACUCACUGAUGAGAUGAGUGUUUGGUAGUGAUGAGCGAAUGAAUGUAAUUUUAUGCGUUCGCAUACAAAAAAAAACCUUGAAAUACACUAUCAAUUUAACUGCACUGUA